AAUAUUUGUAAUGUGUGUGCGUGUGUGUGCGUGUUGUUGUUGUUAAAUGAUGAACGGCGCAUAUUAAACAAUGGCGUGUUAACAACAACAAACAACAACAAGCUGAAAGUGAAACUUGCCAGAAGCGACGCUCAAAAGUAGAGCACAGAAAACGUGAAGAAGAAACGACACAAAUCGAAAAGCCAAACGAAAUCAAAAAAGGAUCACCAGUUGACAAAGCGCCAUCUGGCGUACCAAUUGAAAAACUAAAUACAUUUCGGUUCGGCGGGCAGCCGGAGGAGCCACAGAGACGAUAACGACGACGACAGGUAGUAGUAGGAGGAGUAGGAGGCGGCGGUAAGCAUCCGGUGCUGUGGGCAUGUCCACAGCCAAAAGACUGGUGCUCUCGCUACGUGGACGCAAGAACUCACAGGGCAAUUCGGCCACAUCGUCGACGCGUCUGGUAUCCGCUGGCACCUCGCCCGGUCAUGAGCUGGACGAAAUAGCCGUUGUCUCCGGCACCGGCUCGACUAGCCAUCAUUUUACCUAUGGCGGCUGCAUUGGCAACAACAACGAGGCCAGCAGCGCCGCCGCGGCUGUGGCCCCUUACUCCACAGAUCUAGGCCCCAAGUUUGGCAUGCCCCAGCCAAAAUUUGGCCAAAGCGUCUCGCAACAAGGUUUCUUCACGUCGCACGACAGUUUGGCCACACCAUGCGCUUCUCGUGCAUCGAACUCGCAUAUGGCCACCGUAAGCACUGCCUCCGAAAUGGAUUUACUGCACAACAAGCAACGCACCAACAACAACAAAUCGCGCGGCCGACUGAAAACCACCGGCGGCGAUCAGCCGCUGCUGGGCACCUGGAAUCGAUCCACAGGCCGCGGCUCACAGGAUAACACGCUGGCCGGCGGUGGUGCCACCAGCGUCCUCAUGGGCCACACCCAAUACGGCGGCAACUACUGCAACGGCACCGAUCGCUACCCGCGCUCGCGUUCGCAGCAGCAUGCACAGCAUAAUGCCGGACAGGGGUCGCACCAUCCAUACCAGCUGCAGCACUCUGCCUCAACGGUGUCGCACCACCCGCACGCGCAUGGUCAGCCCACACAGGGCAGACCUGGACCGCCACAUGGCGGACACCCGCACCAGACACCACAUGGCGGCGAUGGUGGCGCUGGUCAAUCGGCACAGCCGCAUCAUAAGAAACCGCAUCGCACUGCCUCGCAGCGGAUACGAGCCGCAACGGCCGCCCGCAAACUGCACUUUGUGUUUGAUCCGGCGGGGCGGCUGUGUUACUAUUGGUCAAUGGUGGUUUCCAUGGCCUUUCUGUACAACUUCUGGGUGAUAAUCUACCGCUUCGCCUUCCAGGAGAUCAAUCGACGAACGAUUGCAUUCUGGUUCUGUUUAGACUAUCUGUCUGAUUUUCUUUAUCUGAUUGACAUACUCUUCCACUUUCGCACCGGCUAUCUUGAGGAUGGGGUACUCCAAACGGACGCACUCAAAUUGCGCACACACUACAUGAACUCGACGAUCUUCUACAUUGACUGCCUGUGCCUGCUGCCAUUGGACUUUCUCUAUCUGUCGAUUGGCUUCAAUUCGAUAUUGCGCAGCUUUCGUCUGGUGAAGAUCUAUCGCUUUUGGGCAUUCAUGGAUCGCACCGAGCGGCACACAAACUAUCCAAAUCUUUUUCGUUCCACGGCCCUCAUACACUAUCUGCUUGUGAUAUUCCAUUGGAAUGGUUGCCUCUAUCACAUCAUACACAAAAAUAAUGGAUUUGGCUCACGAAACUGGGUCUACCACGACUCAGAGUCCGCCGAUGUGGUCAAACAGUAUCUGCAGAGCUACUACUGGUGCACUCUGGCCCUCACCACCAUUGGGGAUCUUCCCAAGCCGCGAUCCAAGGGCGAGUACGUGUUUGUGAUAUUGCAAUUGCUAUUCGGCCUGAUGCUCUUUGCCACGGUGCUCGGUCAUGUGGCCAAUAUUGUGACCUCUGUGAGUGCAGCUCGUAAGGAGUUUCAAGCCAAGCUGGAUGGAGUUAAGACGUACAUGCGCAUGCGGCGUGUGCCAAAUCAUCUGCAGGUGAAGGUCAUCAAAUGGUUCGAUUACCUGUGGCUCACGCAAAAGUGCUCGGACGAGGAGCGCGCCGUAUCCUGUCUUCCUGAUAAAUUAAAGGCUGAAAUAGCAAUUAACGUCCAUUUAGAUACACUUAAGCGGGUUGAGAUUUUUCAAAAUACUGAAGCUGGUUUCCUUUGCGAAUUGGUGCUGCGACUCAGGCCCGUGCUCUUCUCCCCGGGCGACUACAUAUGUCGCAAAGGUGAGGUAGGCAAGGAAAUGUAUAUUGUAAAUCGUGGACGAUUGCAGGUUGUUGCUGACAAUGGCAAAACGGUGAUGGCCUCGUUAAAGGCAGGUUCCUAUUUCGGCGAGAUUAGUAUACUGAAUAUGGGCACCGCAGGCAACAGGCGCACCGCAAGCGUUCGGUCCGUGGGAUACAGUGAUCUUUUCGUGCUGAGCAAGAAGGACAUGUGGGACGUGCUCAAGGAAUAUCCGGCGGCGCGUGUGCGCCUCGAGUCGAUAGCCGUCAAGCGGCUGGAGAAGUAUAAGAAGGCGCCACUAGAGAAAGUCAAAUACUUUAAUGUAGUUGCCAUGGGCCGCUGCCAGUCGACGCCGGGUCUGGUGGAGAGCUGUGGCCGCACCACGCUCGAGGACAUGUGGUUGCCGCCGGCAACAAUCUCUAUGAUGCAUCAGGUGCAGCAACAUCAGCAGCAGCAGCAGCAGCAACAAUUGCUGCAGCAACAACAACAGCAGCUGCAACAACAACAACAACAGCUGCAGCAGCAACAACAUUCACAUGGCUAUAGUCCACGCAGCUAUGCGGAUCAUCUGGUGCGGGCCACGGACUCGCCACGUUCGGUGAGUCCCAGCGCACAUGGUUCCGAGGAGAGGCCACGUAGCCGCGCCACCUCGCACCACUCAAUGAGGCCCCAAUCGCAGCCCAGCCAUGGAGGCCACAUAUGCGACUCGAGUUCGCAGCUGGCAGAGUGCUAUGGCGCUGGUGUUGGUGGCACCACGCCGCUGCUCGGCUCCCACGAGGCCUUGGAGGAUGAGAUCAAGCGAUUGAGAGAGCGUCUGCAUACGGUUGAAUCGGAGAAUCAGGCACUUAACACGAAACUGUCACAGCAGCAAUGGGAUUUAGAGAAUCGUCUGGCCGAGAUAGAGAUGCAAAUCUGCGGCGUCUCAUCGACAUCGAGUGUGGACCCCGAUAAUGAGGCCGAGGAGCUGGAACGCAAUCGCGAGAGUAUCAUAUAACACGGGAGCGUGCUGCCCCAUCAGCAUCAGCCGAUCGGAGCAGCAGCUGCUAACACGGCAUCGCAGGAGGACCAGCACCAGGAUCAACAACCGCAACAAAACCAG